CCUCCCUCCCUCUCUCUCUCUCUCUCCCUCCUCGCUCCCUUUCGCCCCUCCUCCUCUCGGCGGUUGUAAAUGGCCAACGCGCCGCCGAAUCCCCUCCCGCCGGCGACGGCCCCCGUGGCCCGGACAUGGCCACAGCCUGGCGGCCGGGCGGCAGCGCCGGCCGGCGGGAGACCCGCCUCCUCGGGGCCGGUCGCGCGACCGGCAUCGGCUCCAGGGCCCACCCCGCCCCGGUUGGCGAAUCAGCAGCCGCAGCAGUCUCCCGGGCUGGCAUCCAUCCUGCAUGUGGUGGACCUGUUGUGCCUGUUGCGGGCGGUGCUGGAGGCCGGGCCGCCGCUUUGGUGGGCCGGCGGCGUCCAGCCGGAUGACCACUUUUCCGGGGACUUCCUGCAGGAGGUUUGGCUGGGGGUGGCUCGGCGCGUGGCCGAGGUCACCGGCGACGAGGAGGCGGCCGUGGCGGCGUUCGCCCCGCAGCCGACUCCCCCGGGAUCCGGCACCCCGCCGCACCCGUUGUCCCCCUUCGCCGUUGGCGACCUCCUGGCGUCCGAGGCUGACGCCGAGCUCCUCGGGGGCGAGCUCCUGGCCGGGAUCCGCUCCACGGCCGAGCUCUACCUCCGGACGCCGGCAUACGGCCAGCUGUAUCGGCGUCUGGUGGGGGAUUUCGCUCGAACUGCAUCUGUUCCGACCGAGCUCCGCCUGCCGCCGGGAAGCCAUCUGCGCCCGCGGACCGGGGGCCCCGUAUCACCGGUGCAAUGCUGGCGGACCUUCUCCGCCCUGGUGGCAGCCGAGACACCGGUGGACAUGAGCCACACUCGCUUCCCGGCGACGCUGCCGCUGGGCCCCGCCGUCGACCGCGGGGCCCUCCUCCCCGCCAUCCUGACUCGACUGCGCUUCCACCUGGCCUUCCAGCUGGCCGUUCUCCAGCGCCUCGACGAGCUGGCCCUGGCCUCGGCAUUGGAGCUGCGCCGUCAGUUGACGACCGGACCGGAGGUCGCCGACGCCGGCGCCGGCGGCUCGCCGCCCGGCCUGGCGGGCAGCCACCUGUCCCCCAAGCAGGUGGCUCAAUUGCUGGCGUCCUUGCAAUCGGCCGAUCCGAACCCCCCGGCCCUGGCAUUGCUGCCCUUCUCGGCGAGCCUGCUCCGACGCCCAGGCGAGUCUCUCUCGUCCGAGCGCCUGCCGGCCUGGCCGCCGGCCGUCGCGCAGGACGUCCUGCAUUUUGGCCCGCCGGCCUCCGAGGCCGUGGCCAUCUCGAUGGAUCUGGACUCCUCGCGUGGGCCUCCUGCCGUGACUCCCUCGGUGUCGCGCCCUACCACGGCCCCGGCGCCCAUGGCCGUGGACCCUGCCCCGGCGCCGGCGGCCCCCCCGGCGGCUGGGGGCUCCCUGCCCUCGGCGGAGGGCGCGCCCCAGGCCACGGGUACCGAGCGGCCUGGGCCCUCGUCCCCGCCCCCGGGCGAGCCUCGCCGCGCCGUGUCGCCCUCCUCUCCACCACCCAAGUCCGUGGGAUCAUCCCCGCCCGGGCGCGGGUCGCCUGGGUCAGCCCCGCCAAGUCCCGACACAGCGAAGGAGUCCCCGGGGCCGGCAUCGCCGCCGGACAGCGAGGCGACCCCCCCCAAGCCGGCGGCCGAUCCUGGCCCUGUCCCCCGGAAGGCUCCCCGGCACACUCCCGAGCCCAAGUCGCCGGCAGCCAGUGGCCCAUCCUCCGGGCCGGCGGUCGGUCCUUUGCCCGCGGCGGCCGGCGCCGCGCACGAUGGCGAAGCCAUGGCGCGGCCCCUCCCCGAAUCGGGGCUGGAGUCAAGGUCGGCCCCGGGGCCGGCCUCGCAGUUGUCUCCCAUGGCCACCCCCGAGGCCAAGCCCGAAUCCGAGCCUGAGCCCGAGGCCGUGCUCGGUCCUGAGCCGGCGGCUGUCCUUGCUGCCGCACCAAAAGCCGUGCCCGAGUCUGUGCCCGAGUCUGCGCCCGAGUCUGCGCCCGAGUCUGUGCCCGAGUCUGUGCCCGAGGCCGUGUCCGAGGCCGUGUCCGAGGCCGUGUCCGAGGCCGUGCCCGAGUCUGUGUCCGAGGCCGGGCUCGCAUCUGAUGCCAACGCCAAGCCUGAGCUCGAGCCCACGGCCAAGCCCGAGGCAGGACCCGGACUCGAGCCGGAGACCGGCACACCCUCCGGGCCGGGCCCCGAGUCAAGCCCUGUGUCCCCCUCUGCCGACCCGGAGGGGCCCCCGCCAGCUGACCGCAGUGCGAGUGACAGCGACGCGGACAUGCAGGAUGCAGAGCAGGGCUCCCUCGACAGCCUUGAAUCCGUGCCGGCGCCUGAUCCAACCAAGCAUGUGGCAUCGGCGGCACCGGCCGCGGACGGGGCCUCGACCCCGGCGGUGGCCAGCGCCCCGACAUCGCCUUCUCGGACAGCCUCGCCUUCGUCGACGCCCCCGGCAACGCGGCCAGCUGGGCCCGCCGGCCCUGCCACCCUCGCGCCGGCCUCUGACGUCUCCAUGGCCGAUGUCCCCGAGGCCGAUGACGCCGGGGCUUCGACCGGUGUGGCCGAUGUCCCGAUGGCUGAUGCCGCCGUGGCCGGCCAGGCGGCGAGCGAGGCGGCUGUGGCUGGCUCCGCCGGAAGUGAGCCCCCUCCUGAGGAUGUCUCCGUGACGGCCGGCCCGCCGGGCGCUGUUCCGCCGGUCGCCAUCUCACCCGCCGAGGACCUUUCCCCUCCUGAUGUCACCAUGGCCGAUGCCCCGGUGGCCGGCGCGCCGGUGGCCCAUGGUCCUGUUGAGGCGGCCGAGCGUGGCGAGAUGGUGCCCGAGGCCGAGGGCCCCGACGAGCCCGCAGCCGGUGGCACCGCCGCCGGCCUCUCCACAACUGCUGCCCCCGCAGCUGACGCGCCGCCGGCCAAGACGGUCACGGAUGAGGCCGACAAGGAGGCCGAUGCCCAGUCCACCGAAUCUGGCCACUCCGCCAUGGAGCCUCCCGAGACCGAGGCGCCUGCCGCCGGGCCCUCCGCCCUUGGCGUCCCUGCAUCUGCGGCCCCUGAAGGUGAAGCACCUGCUGCCGAGCCACCUGUGGAGGGGGUGCCUCAUUCCGAGCCACCUGCCGCGAGGGUGCCUGUGGACGAGGCCCCUGCAGCCGAGGUGCCUGCCGCCGAGAUUGUUACCCCCGAGACCCCUGCCGCCGAGACUCCCACCGCCGAGACUCCCACCGCCGAGACCCCUGCCGCCGAGACCCCUGCCGCCGAGAUCCCCACCCCCGGCGCCACGGUGCCGGAGGACCCCACAACCGGGACUCCAGCCGAUAGCUCGUCUCCUGUCGAGCCACCGAGUGCAGCUGCCCCUGCCGCCGACGAGCCCAUGCCUGUAGACACCCCCGGCGGCCCUCCAUCGCCGAGCGUCCCCGACAGCGAUGCCGGCGCCAAGGAGGCCGAUGAUGAGGAGGACGUCCCAGGACCGGCUGCUGCGUCGGGAAGUCCGGCCCCUGGGCCGGCUGCUCGGGACCCGACCCCGGCCUCGGCUGUUGACAGCUCCGCCGGGGGAUUGGCCCCCGAGGGCCCCGAGCAGCCGGCUGCGGAGGUGCCGGCUUCCUCGACGGUGGCGCCCGGCGGGGGUGGCACUUUCACCGACGCCAGCCGGGGGGCGGCCCCCUCAGGGUCGGCACUCUCCUCGGAGUUGGCACACCGCACUGCCGGCGGCCAAUCUGCAACGACCCCGGUCCCGGGCUCCGAGCCGACGGGCCAUCUGUCGCCUCUUUUUAGCCCCAUUUCCCCGGGGCCGGUGGCCGCUGAGGCGGAAGUCUCGGCCGCCGGCCGGCGCGAGCCGGCGCAUGAGGGCCCCGCGCUCGGCGAGGAGGCGCCCUCGGACCGGCCGGCCGAGGUGAGCACCCGCAAGCGGGCUUCCUCCCCGUCGGACGCCGAAAUGAGCGACGGCACCGCCUCGCCGGUCCCACCUUCCAAGCGUCCUCGGGCCGGGCUCUCCUCGCCCUCGCUCUCCGCCGCCCCGGCUGACCGCGACUCGAAGAAGUCCUCCGAGGAGGAGAGCCGCCGCAUGCGGACCUUCCGCCGGACGGUGGCCAUCCUGUUUGACCAAAUCCUGAAUCUGCGCCAUGCGCCGGUCUUCUCGAAUCCGGUCAAGCCGGACCAGGCACCCCGCUAUCACUCCACCAUCCUGGCACCGAUCGACCUGCCGCAGGUCCGGCAGCGCAUCACCGACAGCCGCGUCCGCAACCUGGACGAACUUCACCGCGACGUGCUGCUGGUCUUUUCCAAUGCAUUGAUGUACAAUCCGGAGGUGCCGCCACCGCCGCCGCGAAAGAUCAGCAUCACGCCGGCCGCCCUGUCGCAGAGCACCUACUACGACUACUCCAGCGUCUCGGGCGGUGUGCACGCCAUGGCCACCGAGAUGUGGCACGGGUGCGAGCGUCUGAUUGCGGCCUUCCGCGAGACGCAGCGCUCCAGCUCCGGGUCCAGCGCGGCGGCGGCCAACCUGGCCAGUCUGGUGCUCGCACACACCGGCGGGCUGGCCACCACGCGCCUCGAUGAUGCGACCCUCGGGGACAUCCUGGCCUCGCUGCCGACCGAUGUCUAUCCCAAUGAGUCGGAGCUGUUGAUCUCCCUUUGCGAGAGUUUGGCCGAGGAGGUCUCGCCCGAUGUCGCGAACGAGGCCCCGGAUGAUUCGCAGUAUUCCCAGCGGACACGCGGCCGGCGCCGGCGCGGGGCGUCGGUGUCGGCGCCGACGCGCGCGCCGCCGGUUCGGCGGACCCGUUCGUCCGCGACCGCGACCAUCAGCGGCCCGGCCAGCGGCGCGCCGCCCUCCUCCCCGCGGCUGGAUUCCCCGGUGCCAGACCCCCCGAGCGAGGGUGGCGACCAUGGCGCGGAGGAUGCGCCUGCUUCUGACACCGGGGCCGCAGCCGCUCGGCGUCGGCGAGCGUCCACCACGCAAAAGUAGGCCCCUCGUGUCGGGAGGCCGGUCACGCCGCACAAGAAAUACACACAAACGCUUCCCUGCGCAUGUGCCGGGUGUCGAUGCGUCGUGGGGGUGGGGGUGCGCACGCGGUGCACCUGCGUCCCGCGGGCCAUGGGGGACGCGCGCGCAUGGGUCGGGCCGGGCCAGGCCGAGCAUGUGGCAGGGGCGAACAAGGAGGGCGCUGGCCGGGCGGGAGGGGGGAGGGCAAGGAAGCCGGCAGGAUCCCCCAGCUUCUGAGCCCCCGCCCCCGCCCCUCUCUCUGCUCAUCCUCAC